UAGAAUUGCAAUAGAUUUAUAAAGAAGUUACCACUGGCAGGCAAGCGAAAGAAGCGAUUGUCUGAAGCCAAAGACACAGUUGGAGAAAUGACACCGAAUAAACCAACUGACAAUAGUAUUUGGGUUUUCGGGUAUGGAUCUUUGGUCUGGUCCCCAAAUUUCACUUACGAAGAAAGGUUAGUGGGAUACAUUGAAGGCUUCAAGAGAAGAUUCUGGCAAGGAAGCAUGCAUCAUAGAGGAAGCACUGAAAGGCCUGGAAGAGUUGUCACUUUGGUAAAGGACCAAACGAGUCGUGUCUGGGGCGUGGCAUACAGAAUACAGGGCCAGGAGAACAUUUCGAAAGCGAUAGGCCAUUUGACAAAGCGUGAAAUAUCCCUAGGAGGCUACGAGGUACAGGUCACCAAGUGUCACACCUUGCAAGGAGAAUGCCAUACCAGCGGUGAUAUUUUUGCGCUGGUGUAUUACGCUGCGCCAGGUAACCCAUGUUACCGUGGAUGUGCUAGUUACGAUGAGAUAUCAACGGACAUACUUCUUUCGUACGGUUAUUGCGGCUCGAACAUUGAAUAUCUUUUUAGACUGACCGACUUCAUGCGCACUGAAUGUAGAGACGAGAAAGACGAUCAUCUUUACGCCGUUGACAAUCUUGUGCGUCUGAAAAUGGGAAUAUGUCCAAAGAGCAUGCAGACAUGGAUGGAAUUAAUCAAAUGCAACAAGUUCUUGAGUAAAUUGGCAGAACUGAGCACUGAAUUAAGAACCAAUUCAAUUGAGUCGUCAGUUUAUUUUAAAACGGCCAUCGCAUCACAGUGAAAAAUUGCUACAUUUCGUCAUGUCAAAUGGCUUGUCGUUUUGAAUUUGUAGUCUAACUGCAUCUUAUGUGUCAUACAUUUUCAAUAAUUUGACUUUUAACGCUUAACCAUACCCAUCCUGCCUAACCUAAUAUACUACUGACAGCUGACGAUUCCAUCAGUUCCCUAAUGUUCAAGAAACAGUUGAGAUUUAUUUUUGCUGGUUGCAGCCAAUAAAACCAAGGUUGAUAACCUUUAUUACAAACAUUAUAGCGUAUUUUUGGUAUGUUAUUGUUACAUUAAGGCAUGUAUGUAAAUAUUUCUAAGUAAAUUAUAAAGUAUAUAUGAUUCGUAGUGAGUCAGAAUGUGAAAUUACAUCGAAAGAUAAUCAAGUUCUAUGCUUUUUUAGAGUUAAACGGUCUAAUCUCAGGGUUAGAUCAACAAAUGAA